CUUGGUGAAUCUUGGUGUCUCCAUAUUUAUGCCAACAUGGCUAAUUUGCGUGGAAAAGUCGAGGCUGAAGUCGAACUGAAAUCACCGGCUGACAAAUUCUUCAAGAUUUGGAGGAGCGAAACCCACAAAUUGCCCACCGCCGCCUCCAAAAACAUUCAGGGAGUCAAAGUUCAUGAAGGUGACUGGGAUCAGCAUGGAGCUAUCAAGAUUUGGAAUUACACCGUUGAAGGAAAAUCUGAAGUGCUCAAAGAGAAGGUCGAGUUCGACGAUGACAACAUGUCGUUCACCCUGCACGGCAUCGAGGGCGACGUCUUUGACCAGUGGAAGGUCUUCAAGGCGUUGUGCAAAGUCGUCCCAAAGGAGCAAGGAAGUGUGGCUAAGCUGAGGAUGGAGUGUGAGAAGUACAAGGUGAGCGAUCCCAACCCCGACAAGUACAUGGCCGUGUUCAUCGAGGUGACCAAGGACAUCGAUGCUCACGUUUCAAGCGCAUGAAGAAAAAGAUCACGGCAUGACUGUGAUCAUAUGUGAAGUUGUGCUAUAUUAUGCUUGAUGUUUCUAGUACUUUCAUGUAUCUAGACCCAAUAAAUCAAGCUGGUUGAUCAGGUGAUGUGAAGUUGAGUUGGGUUUUGGGAAUUUCAGAAUCGUGUAUUGUGUUUUUGUGUAAUAGUGCUUGUAAUAAGACACUUAUGGUUUUAGCAAAA